UGCCUGUUCUAGUACUCCCUCCUGUGUUCUCUCCCCCUCUACACCCUGAUCCUCCGGUUGCCUAUAAAAGGCUAACUCGACACCAUUCCUAUGUGCUUCGACAAAAGAGUACAAAGGUGAAGAUGAGCGGAACAAGCUGCCCCAACGCCUCGUAUGCAAUGGCUGGGUUAAGGCCUAAUGGGAACCAUCACCAAGCAAAGAGGAAUGAUAAGUGCUGUUACUUUCAGAUGCCACUUCACUAUCCAAGGUACAAGAAGAGUGACUACGAGAACAUGCCCGAGCGGCAGCUGGACUGCCUGCUUAAUGAGUAUGGGCUGCCCGUCAUUGGAGAUGUCAACCAAAAGAGAAAGUUUGCUAUGGGAGCCUUUCUCUGGCCUUCCCAGAAUGAAUAGAGGUUAAUUUCAGGCACCCGUCUGCUCUUGCUUCAGUAUGAAUUAUAUCAGCCUACUCUAUUCCUCUACUGUAUAUCAUCAUGCUUUAACUGAUAAAGUCUUGCAAUAUUCUGUACUUUUGAAGUAGCUUCGAUAGUUGGUGUCAGUGUAUUAUAUUUCAUUAAUUAUGUAAUUUGGCGUUAUCAUUGAUUACCACUUUAUUGUAAUGGAAAUAUAGUUUCAAUUUCUUUUGUACUAAUUGCCUAAGGCUUGGACUACAUAUACCUAGCCUCCUCAGAAUCAGUAGCAUGCUUUGCUCCAUGAGGACCGUGACAAACAUCCCAAACAAGAGUUUCAGAAUUUCUGUCUCAGGUCCUCAUCCAUUGCAAGUAUUGUUUCAAUAUAAGGAUCUGCCGAACAUGUUUAUUUCGACUGCAAUUAAGAAAAAAAUGGAAAAGAAAGAAGUUGGACAAGCAACAUCUGCUGCAAAAGAAUGAAAACAAGACAUGGCGGUCCCUUUUACACGAGAAGCACAUGACAACUCUUAUCUGUAACAUGAUUGAAGCAUUUGACAACUCGAAGAUCUCAUUACAAAAUCUUUCGAGCCUUGUUAUUUGUAGAGAUUAGAAGAUGAGGAUGAAGAAGAACAAGAAAGUCUAACAGAGCCAUCAUUGAUAUAAAGGACUAUGGAGUAAUACGCCCAGUUUUCUCACCUGUUAGGUUUCCCAUUAAAUAUGACAGUUACUUGUGACCUCUCAUACACGGCAAGAACAUUUAGCUACAUAUGGGGAAAAAAUGUUAGAAAUUUACAGUUCUUAUUGUUGAUGAUACUGUAAAAACUUUCAGAGAAGAUUGCUUUCUGUGUUUAGACUAUAGAAUCGUAGUAGAGUUAGUAAAGUUUUGUAUUGUCCAAGGUCCAAACAGUGCAAAAAUCUUUCUCUUUA